UCAUGUCAGGCUCAUCACCUCAAUCCUAAGAAAAUAAGCACUCCGGGUGACAAAACUGUCCAGUAUCGGCUCAAAAUGAAGAUGGCUUUCGGCUUCUUGGCAGCCAUUCUCGUUGCUUCCCUGUCGCCAUUCGCACACGCGUCGGAUCCCAGUCCUCUGCAAGAUUUCUGUGUUGCUGUUAAUGAUUCCGUGGCGGCUGUUUUUGUGAAUGGAAAGAUAUGCAAGAACCCUAACAUGGUUGUUGCCGAGGAUUUCUUUUUCCCGGGCCUAAACAAACCGGGGAAUACAUCGAAUCAAGUUGGAUCGAUGGUCACACCGGUGAACGUCAACCAACUACCAGGGCUCAACACUCUUGGCAUUUCUCUAGCCCGUAUAGACUUUGCACCAUACGGUAUUAACCCACCCCACACGCACCCGCGUGCCAGUGAGAUACUUCUUGUAGUCGAAGGCACUCUCUACGUUGGAUUCGUGACUUCCAAUCCCGCGAACCCCACCAUGAAAAACAAGCUCUUUACCAAGUACUUAUAUCCAGGAGACGUUUUCGUCUUCCCACAGGGCCUAAUUCAUUUCCAAUUUAACGUGGGAAAAACGAACGCUCUCGCGUUUGCUGGUCUAAGCAGCCAGAAUCCAGGAGUUAUAACCAUUGCAAACGCAGUGUUCGGUUCAAACCCGCCAAUUAAUCCAGAUGUUUUGGCUAAGGCAUUCCAGGUUGAGAAGAAUGUGAUUGACUACCUUCAAGCACAAUUUUGGUGGAACAUCAAUUAAUUAAAUGCAGAGGUGAUGACAAUGAACUUGCCUGCAGAGACACUCUCUUGGCCCUUGGAAAAAUGAAGUAUUACUGUUGAGGUCUAUGUUUCUGAAUAAAUGGUUUGUAUUUUAAGUUUCUGAUCAGGUGAUUGUAUUCACUUGCUGCUGCUUUGGAGUCUGCAGUUUACACCUUUGUACUUCAAUAAUAAUGAACUAUUACAAUGAUGGUCUCAUGAUAUCUGCUUUAUGCAAUUCUGUAGUUCGUAUAUAUAUAUAUUGAGUCUGGAAA